UACUGAAUACACACCACCAAAUACUUCGAAAGGGCUCUCUCAUCAUGGGUUUUAUAUUUUACUUGCAAAUAGCAAAUAUAGCGUUUCAUUUCCUAUUGAAAUUCGGAAAGCAGAAAGUCACAGCAAUCAUUCACCGUUUCACAUACCGCGCAACUUCCGAUCCAAAAAAUAUCGUCAUCAUAGGCGGUUCGUUCUCCGGAAUGCAGUUAGCGAUGCUACUUUCCACAUCCAUGCCUACUGGAUAUAAAGUCACGCUGGUUGAAAAAAACACGCAUAUGCAUUAUUGUUUUGCUUUUCCGAGAUUCAGUGUGCUGGGUGGUCAUGAUCACAAAGCUUUUAUACCUUAUGAGGGACUGUUGAGACGUGCGCCGAAAGGAGCUAUAUCUAUUAUUCAUGAGAAAGCUAUCAAUAUUCACAAAGACCAUAUUGAGCUUGCAUCAAAUGAGAAACUUUCUUAUGAAUACCUCGUUAUCGCAACAGGUGUAUCACAGCCUGCACCGGCUCGACUAUCCGCGACAGAUAAGAUAGGGGGCGAAGGCGAAUUGCGUGGUUAUCAAAAAGCUAUCCGUGCCUCUUCACGAAUUGCAGUUGUUGGUGGUGGUGCAGUUGGAGUCGAGCUCGCAACUGAUAUCAAGAGCUUCUUACCAGAUAAGAAUGUGACGUUGAUUCACUCUCGAGAUCGUUUACUCGUUAGAUUUGGACCACAGCUACAUGAAGCGGCUUAUAAGCGACUUCAAGAGCUGGGAGUGAAAGUUUAUCUUAAUGAACGACCUUCACUGCCUAAUAGCAAGCCAUUUAUGCCAUCGGAGACAGAUAUUGUAUUUAAGGAUGGUCAAGUUGAGACUUUUGAUCUUGUGAUAUCAUGCAUCGGACAAAGCCCAAACUCCAGCCCACUCAAAACCCUUUUACCAGAUGCUAUCACAGAAUAUGGUUUCAUUCGUGUAGAACCAACACUGCAAGUCAAAGCCGAAAAUGAAAAACACAAAAAUAUUUUCGCUAUAGGAGAUGUUGCAGCUACUGACGGUCCAAAGAUGGCAUUCGCAGGCAUAGCGCAGGCGGAUGUUGCUUGUUCUAAUAUCCUUAAAUUGAUUCGAGAAAACCACAGUACACUUCAACCGUAUGUUCCAAACUUUAUUGAGGGAAAGAUCAAGCUUAGUCUUGGAAAAGACCGCGGGGUGUUCUUCAUGGAGAAUGAGAAUGAUUAUUUACUAAAAUUUUCCAAUCAUGAUGCACCUGAUAUUGAUGCUAGGAAAGCGUGGAAGUUCUUUGGAGUAAAUAUGAAAUAAUUGAAGGAUUGAGUCUUGCUGCAGCCUCGAUGCGUAGCAUUUGAAAGAGCUUGCAUUCGUUCUCUAAUAGAUAAAAUAUUCCUAAAAUCAAUUAUGUAGAGAACUUCCAUCUUCAGUCUCUUUACCAAUUACACGUAUCCUUUUACCCCAAUAGUACAAUACAAAACAGAUGGGACCGCCUGAUACAAUCCAUAUAGAGCCCAACAGACUGUUGCCCCAUCCGAACCCCAACUU